CCCGUUUCCUGACCUGCUACAGUACAAUGCAUCCAACCCCCAACCGCCCCUCUCUGAAUCAAGUCUGUGUAUUCUCAGAGGUAGUCUGUGUGACGUCAUUGUCACCAUGGCCUGGAGUACCAACAGCACCAAACUGGACAACAUCACCUUGUCCCUGUUCCAGAAUGUGACAGCCAGCACAGCUAUCUCCAUCAUCUACAUCGUGGUCACCGUCAUCAACCUGACAGGAAAUGGCCUCUCCAUGUGGCUUCUCCUCUUCCGUACCUCUCCCAAAACUCCCUCCAUCAUCUUCAUGAUAAACCUGACCCUGACUGACCUGGUCUUGGGCCUCGUCCUGCCCUUCCAGAUCAAGUAUCAGAUGCAGGGGCAUAAUUGGAGCCUGGGCCCGGGCAUAUGCAGGCUCCUGACCCUGGUUUUCUUUGCCAACAUGUACUGCUCAAUUCUAACUAUGACCGCCAUCAGUGGAGACCGCUACCUGGGCAUCUGUUGGCCCAUGCUCUUCCGUGAGACCAGGGAAAGGAAGUCAUUCGCUGUUAUUUGCUGUUUCGCCAUGUGGACAGUCGUCCUAUCUGUCCUGUACCCAUUAAUGACAACCGACCUGACGUUCUACGUUCCAGAACUCGGGAUCACCACCUGCUUUGACGUUCUGAAGAGGGACAUGCUUCCAUCAAUGGAGGCCUGGGCUGCUUUCCUCCUUACCCUGUUUGUCAUCCUCUUCCUCAUCCCGUUCUGCAUCACUGUAUUCUGCUACGUCGGCAUCAUCCGCAAGCUGGCCCGAGUUUCCAAGACCAACCAGAAAGAGAAAGCUAUCCGUCUUGCUGUCACCGUCCUAACGGUCUUCACACUUUGCUUUGCUCCCAACAACAUCCUCCUCCUGGCUCACACCAUCCGGAGGCUCUUCUACGGGGACUCCCUCUACAUGGCCUACAAGCUGACUCUCUCCCUCAGUUGCCUCAACAGCUGCCUCGACCCCUUCAUCUACUACUUUGCCUCUAGGGAGUUCCGUCAAAAGCUAAGGCAGAUGCUAAGGCUGAGAACACUGAGCAGUCUGGACACAGGGAAGACAGACCCGCACCGAGAGAGCCUGUACUCUGCCCAGUAUGUGUCUGGGGGACAGGGCGGAGAAAACGCCAGAGUUUCUGUUAAACAACACUGUUAAAAAACUUUGCCUGUAAAGUGGAGAGAGAGGGCAGAUGACAACCAAGAUGGCAUGUCGCAAUAUCUCGUGUUGGGUCAAAUGACAUUUCAAAAUCAUUUCACAGGAUGGAAUGUUUUUGUGUGCUGUAUAUAGAUCCAGUAACAAACCAGGGCAGAUGGUGCUUCUGCAUUUCCAAAGUUUGGGCUCUAUUCAAUCCGAUCUGCUUUUGCCGACAUCGGCAUAGCUGUUGUUCUGAUGCUGUCAGAGGUGGAACUGAGUUAGAGCUAUCAAAUCCACAAGUGGCUCCUGGCAGUAUACCUAAAGAGGACAUUGCAAGUGAUUUCGCAUUAACAUUGAAAGUGAUUUCGCAUGAACAGAAAUCACUUGCAGCCUUGUUUACGAGUUUGAACACUGGAAUGUGAGAUGUAAUCUACACCUGGUUUAAGAUGAUAGAAAUACUCAUAAUUUAGUUGAAUGAUUUUUCAAUUUGAAAGUAAUUAUUUAUAUAAAGCCUACACUUGCUCUGAACAUCUAACGCAAGUAGGGCAGGUCUGGCUUUCCUGACAAUGAUUGCAAGAGCCGCUGCUCACUGAUUUGACAGCUCCAAUGCAGUUCCACCUCCUACACUGCCAAAACCUCGGCUUAAUAUUAUUGAAUCUUGGCCUUAGUAAAAAAGGGUUAUUUAUUUUGUGAAGGAAUGCUGCAACUUGCAUAAAGAUAGGAAUAAGAUAGUGUGGUUAAUUGAGAGCAUGUGCUCUCUGCCUCCUGCCAAUUCGGGCAAAUUCAUUAUUUCAUUGUGUGAAUUAUUAAGUAUACCCUUUGUUUGUUCAAUGUUUAUUGAUUCCCCGCUAAUUAUAUCACCAGUAAUGCAUUUACUGUUAAUCACCAUCAUUUCCCAGUAAUCUAGACCGUUAUGGUGUGGUUACAUCGCUAAUCUUUGUUUUUUCCUGAAAUAUAUAUGCAUAUGAAUUUACCGUUCUAACUCUGAGUGGACACAUUGUUUUCAGAUCUCACAAACUAUGCUACACUUGUCAGAAAUACGUUUUGGUUUAUUUCAUUCGAUUUAGGAGUUUACAGUCAUUUUCCCCAAUGUCGUUAGUUUGGAGCGCUCAAAGUUUGCAUUUGUCUGGUUUCUUUGUCCUUUCUAAUGUUGAGAGCACACACACAUCUGAGCAUGGAUGGAAAGAGGGCUAUAUGGCCUCUGUGUUAUGAUUGAGGUCAAAACUGUGUGAGUUGAAAGAAAAUGAUGAAGUGUUCAAUUUAGAAACUGUGAUUAAAUGUUAUACUCAA